GCAUGCGGUUUGGACUGUUGUUGUCUGUGGCGGCAAGAUGGAGGCGCUGGGGGAUGCAUCAGCUUCGGGACUGAAUGGGUUAAUACAGCAGUUUACAGCCAUAACGGGGGCCACUGAGAGUGUGGGCCAACACAUGUUGGAAGCAUGUAACAACAACCUAGAGAUGGCAGUCACCAUGUUCCUGGAUGGAGGUGGCAUCGCAGAGGAGCCCAGUACCAGCUCUGCUGGGACUUCAACCAGUAGAGCACCCCCACAUGCAGACGAUGAGGUGCGAGCUCCUAUUCCACAGAAGCAGGAUAUUUUGGUGGAACCAGAACCACUGUUUGGUGCUCCCAAACGGCGGAGGCCUGCGAGAUCAAUAUUUGAUGGCUUUCGGGAUUUCCAGACGGAAACAAUUCGUCAGGAGCAGGAACUUCGGAAUGGCAGUGCGGUUGAUAAGAAGCUUAGCACUCUGGCAGACCUCUUCAGGCCACCCAUAGACCUCAUGCAUAAGGGCAGCUUUGAAACUGCAAAAGAGUGUGGUCAGAUGGAGAACAAGUGGCUGAUGAUAAACAUCCAGAACGUGCAGGAUUUUGCAUGCCAGUGCUUGAAUCGGGAUGUGUGGAGUAACGAGGCUGUCAAAGCCAUCGUUCGGGAGCACUUUAUCUUCUGGCAGGUAUACCAUGACAGUGAAGAGGGACAGAGAUACAUACAGUUCUACAAACUGAAUGAAUUUCCUUAUAUUUCCAUUCUCGACCCAAGGACAGGCCAGAAGCUGGUGGAGCUGCACCAGCUGGAUGUGAAUUCCUUCUUGGAGCAGCUGACAGGAUUUCUGACUGAGCAUGGCCAGCUCGAUGGACUCUCCAGCAGCCCGCCCAAGAAGAGAAUGUGCUCAGAGAGUCUCAUAGACGCCAGUGAGGACAGUCAGCUGGAAGCUGCAAUCCGCGCUUCUCUGCAGGAGACGCAUUAUGAGUCCAACGAGCCGAAGAUUGACUAUCACUCGGAGGAGGAGUCGGAGGCAGAGCCAUUUUCGGACAGCGAGGGGUUAAUCUCCGUAGACGGAUCAGACGAUGAGGUGGUGGCAGAACAGCCUCAACCCCAACAUCAACCCCAGCCUCAGCCUCAGCCUCAACACCUAUCCCAAUCCCAACCCCAGCCUCAGCCUUCACACCAGUGGCAGGACAGCCCCUCCAACUCAAAGAAAUCCACCCACAAGGAAUCCAGCCACAGGAAAGAGGAAAGUAAAAAGAACCAUUUGGAGUUCCCUGCAAGGACUGAGGCACCUAGAGACACUUGUGCAGGUAACAACCACCACGCAGAGCCAGCAGGGAACUCUGGGCUAUCAGAGACACAGGAGGAGGAGCAAUGCUGUCCAGAGCUGCUGGAUGACAAAAGGCCAAAGGCAAGACUGAUGCUACGAUACCCAGAUGGACAGAGGGAGCAGAUCUCUCUGCCAACACAUGGCAAGCUCCUGGCUUUGGUGAAGCACAUACAGUCCAAGGGGUACCCCAACGAACGCUUUGAACUUGUAACUAACUUCCCCCGACGAAAGCUUUCUCACUUGGACUAUAAUAUUACGUUACAAGAUGCUGGUCUUUGUCCUCAAGAGACUGUCUUUGUACAAGAAAGGAAUUAAUGAAUGCUAGGGGUAGCUUCCCCAAGGCACCUCAAGCAGCUAAACCUAGCAGGAAAAGGGAGACUGUACGGCUCAGCCUGUACUCUGCACUUUUUUCACUUAACCUCCAGUUUUCUAUCCCUCAAAACAAGAAGACCCUGAAGGCAGUGGCUAGCUUCAGGGGGCUUAAUAUACAACUGUCUUUUGGCAUAGCAAGCUCGAGUCAAUCACAAGAAUGACUAACCAGAUUUCUACAACUUAUACAAAUCCAGGAGUCCUAGGCAUGUCUACGGACCAGGGAGAAGAAUAUUUGUUAGGUUUUGUUAAGCAAUUUGUGCUUUAUUACGAAUUAGAUAGACUGUCUUGGUGUAGUUUUUUUUUUGUUUUUUUUCUUCUGGAAAGUAUAAACUGAUGGUAAAAUGUAUUAUAAUCCUGAAAAUCACACAGGACAAAUCUGCUCACUUUAAAGUGCUUUGCAGAUUCCUAAAUGUUGUCAGAGAAUGAAGGCAGUGGAUCAGUGGUUUAUGAGCAGAUCACUGGGUGCUCUGCAGUCUGGGAUAUGUAUAGGCCUCUCAUUUCUUGUCUCAUUGGAUCUUGAAUUUUACUUUAUAACAUUGUCUGCCACAGUAAAUAAGAUUUGUGCUUGUAAAUCAUGUUGGGUAAGGUUCAUGGCAAGUGCUGGCAGUUCAGACUUCAAAAACUGCAGAUAAAGCUAACAUUAUCAAGCCAUGAAGGACUACAUACAUAAAACCUACGUGCUGAGGUGAACAAAAGGUGAUGUUUCUUUUUUAUUUAAGAUGGUUUUGUUGAAUUAUGAUUGAAGAUGUUCCCGUUUUUGUUUACCAUCUACCAAUACCACCUUAAAUCUCUCUGCUGUCACUUCUGUUUAAAUAUAGCUAUAGCAAAUGUGGCAUUUUGUUUCCUGUUCUCAUGGUUGACUCCUUGUUUUGAUUGGCUGAAUAGAAUGACUUGCAUUAGAAAGUUUCACACGACACCCCAGAAAUAAGUCCACACUUGCAUUUAUCUCUUUAUGUCUUAGUGAGUUUGCUACACUUAUUCUUUUUUUGUUAAUAAAUAGUUUUUUUUUUUUAUUUAGGUCUCAAGAAGUUCAACUUUGUCA